AACUCUCCCUUAAAACUUAUUUUCACGGAGGGAUGGAGUAUUUAUGUUAUUGAAGAAAUGUCUAUAACUAUAUUGCAGAAGAUUUCAAACAAUAUAAAAUUCAAAGCGAUGUGUAUAACUACUUAGUAGAAUAAUUAUCCUAUUGAAAAAGCCAAAAUAAUCGUCAACCCAGCUCUUUAUUUAUUACUAUUAUACUAUCUCCCUCCGUCCCAUAAUAAGUGUUCUAGUUCUUUUUGAAGUGUCCGGUAACAAAUGUCCAAGUUCUAAAGUAAGAAGGUGGACCCACCAUCUUUAAUUUUACAUUUUUACCUUUAAUCAUCACCACUUUAAUUCUACUCAUCUCACAAAAUAAAAGUGAUCGAGCUCCAACAUUUUUUAUUUUUUUUACUCUUUAAUCAUACUCGCCUAAAUUCUCAUGUCGAAACAAAUUAGGACACUUGUUAUGGAAAUGAGGGAGUAAUAUUUACGUAGCAUAUUAGAGAACAUUUAAUUCAAGAAUAUAGAAUAGAGAUAUAUCGUCUCUCUCUAGAAAUUUUUUAUACAAUUCAUGUCAGAAACUUAGAUGAAGGAGUUGGGAUAUCUCGAGUUGCUUUAAGGUAGAAGAAGGUAGAUAUAUACAAUGAUACAUAUAUAGGUGUAUGUGAGGCUUUUUCUUAGAUAAAGCAGUUUGGGAUAUCGUAAAUAAUUUUCGCAAUUAAAGAUUUGCACAUUUUUCAGUGAUCACGACAUUUUUAUUUUAUUUUUAAAAUGAAUGACUAAUAUAUAUUUAUAAUCUAUUUAUCAAAAGUGGUCAAAAAUAAAUAUUAAAUUGGCAGAGUCAAAGAUUUAAACCAUGGAUUACACUUGGACAAAGGUAAGCAAACAAAGCCAAAAGCUAGCGAAUGCCAACACACAUUUGUAGGAAACGACAGUCGACAAAGUCAAGAAAGCAUAUAAAUUGAUGCCGAUCAUCAACUGAUUCCAUUGUUUAAGUGCUAUGCAACAGCAUCUUCCCAAAUUCAUAUAAAUAUUGCUGCAAGUAAAAUCAAAUUGUGCAUCCAUAAUUUUAAGCAUAUUUUUGUACAAUCUACGUUUACUACAUGCUGAUGGAGAUGAGCUGCAAAUACUUCAAGGUAGGAAGGUGCGAAGGGCAGAAGGUGGUGGACGGCAAAGCUGUCCCGCUAGUGCUGCAGCCCCCGGAGGGCGGCGGAGGCGAGGUGGAGGGGCUGCUGUGGGCCAUAAGGGAGAACAAGGAGUGGUUCGAGAAGACGAUAGUGAAAAACAGUGCCGUCCUCCUCCGAGGCUUCCACGUCAAGAAUGCCCAAGAGUUCAACGACAUAGUCGAGGCCUUCGGGUGGGAGGACAUACGGUACGUGGGGCCCGCCCCGCGCACGCAUGUCUACAAGAGGAUCUGGACGGCCAACGAAGGCCCCCUGUCGGAGUUCAUAUACUACCACCAUGAGAUGGUCUUGAUAAAAGAAUUCCCAGAGAAGGUAAUUCUCUUCUGUGAAGUACCUCCACCGGAAGGAGGAGAAACUCCGAUCGUGCCUAGCUUCCGUGUAACGGAGAGGAUGUCGGAAGAGUACCCGGAGAUGGAGAGGAAAGGACUGCGAUACACCUUCACGGCCCUAAGCAAAAACGAUACAUCUUCCAUGAGAGGUCGAGGUUGGGAAGAUGCAUUCGGGACUUCAGAUCGCGUAGAAGCAGAGAAGAGGGGUAAGGCAUUAGGAAUGGAGAUGGAAUGGCUGGCAGAGGGCGGGGUGAAGACGAUACUAGGUCCCAGACCAUUGACAAGGGUGUUCGAGGGAAGAAAAGGAAGGAGGAUGUGGUUCAACACCGUCGUUGGAAUGCACGGUAGCGAGCUCAGCUCCGCCACCAUGGCCGACGCAAGUGAAAUACCGGACGAGGUGGUGAAGAGAUGCCAAGAGAUCAUCGAAGAAGAGAGCAUCCAAUUCAAGUGGCAAAAGGGCGACGUUUUGUUCCUCGAUAACUUAGCUUUACUUCAUGGUAGAAGGCCUUCCCUCCCACCAAGAAAAGUGUUGGUUGCUACAUGCAAAUAAACCAUCACUAUCAACACUGAUUUCACAAAAUAUUGAAUUAUGACCAUUUUACAACAACUCGAGUAUACAUAAUUCAAGGAAAUAUGCAUAGAAGCUAUAUUGCUUCGUAAAAGGUGUUAGAACUUAGCACUAUCGAAUCAGAGUAUGUAUCAAACAUUAGAGUUACAACAUUGAGUAAAGCGAGAGUGUCUUCUCCU